AUGGAACCUGAAACUAUCAACUCCGGCUUCAAUAUGGGCAACGAACUCGACUACAUGCUGGAUCGUAACUACACAGCAGCUUCACGCCUCAAUUUCCAAUUCUACCUGUGGAAAGAAUCACUCCAAUUCAACCUCCACCCCUCCAUCGACCUCGGCCCUGCCGGUGAGACUGUCAGAAUCGCCGAUCUAGCCACGGGCACCGCAAUCUGGCUUUGCGAUCUUAUGCGGGACCCAGCCAUGGCGCCAUACACUCUGCAGCUGGACGGUCUAGACGUGGACCUGAAGAAUGCGCCUCUACCAGAAUGGGUGACGCCCUCCAUCAGUCUUCGCCAAUGGAACAUCUUUGACGAAGUCCCUGAGGACCUGCGCGGAAAGUACGACGUCGUCCACCUACUCCUUCUCGUCCUGGUCGUGCAGGAGAGCAACCCUCUCCCCAUCAUCGAUAAAGUUUUCCAGCUCCUGAAGCCAGGUGGAUACAUCCAGUGGGACGACCUGAACUAUCCUGACACGAUCGUGGCCAAGCCCCCCACUGCACAGCUAAGCAACCAGGCCAGCCCAGCGUGCGAUGCAUUCGUGCAAUUUGCCCAGUCCAACGGACGUAAUGAUUGGGUGCUGGAUCUACCACAAUCGUUGAUGGAUGGACAUGGUGGGUUCGUCAAUGCCGAUCUGUUUCAUUUUAUCGAUCGGCCGGAACUCUGCAAGGCGAAUGGAGACCAGUAUAUACUCGUGCUAGAGGAAUUUGCAGCUCGGCUGAAGUCUGCGGGAAAGGUGGAGGAGGCGUCUCGUAUCUAUGACAUGAUUUUUGGGCUGGCUGAAGAAUCGCGAAGGGGGUUCCACUUGUCUAUGCCAAGGGUGGUCUGUGUGGCUCAGAAGAAAUCGUCGCUCUAG